UCACGCCAAUCGGCGCGGGCAGACCUAUACCACAUACUACACGUGCACUGAGUUCCGUUUAGUUGAUGUCCAUUUGAAUAAAGAAAUUUAACUUAACGAUGAGCAGUACACGCUUCUUCUUGGCAGAUCUGCCAACCCGAGCAACCGAAUCGGAUCUGCGGAGCCUGUUCCAGGACUAUGGCCAUGUGGAGCAGGUGGACCUGAAGCGGAAAGAGCAGGAGGAUGGCCCAGACAAAAUAAUCGGAUUCGUUACACUCCAGACGGACGAUGCGCACUACUGUCUGAACGAGCUCAACUGGCAGAAGCUGCACGGCUCCAAGCUUAGGAUAUCUGUGGCCAAGGAGUCCUUUCUGGAUCGGCUAAAGCGUGAGCGCGAGGAGAACCAGCAGAGGGAGCAGGGCCAGCAGGAGAGCGAAAGCUUCAACGAGAGCACCUCGCGGCUACUCAAGGAGAAUACACAAAAUAAGCGCCGGGUGUUUGGCGAAGACGAGGAGAUCGGCGAUGACGAGGUUGGGCUCGAGCUGCUCAUCACCAAGAAGCGUGCCGCUCACUCCAUGCACAAUGGCAAAAUUGUCAUUCAGAAGGAAGACGAUGUGAAGCCGCUGCACAUCAUCGAGCAAUAUAAGAAGCCGGCCAAGCAGCAGCCGGAUGCCAAGGUCAGCCAGGCCGAGCAGAAGCGUAAGGAGUCGCUUAACAAAAUGCGGCAGGAGCAUCUGCAGAAGAAGUCUGCCAUACAGCAGGCUCUGUCCGCGAUCACCGUGGACGGCAGCAGGGCGAAGCGAAUCAAAUUCAGCGAUGCCGAGGAGGAUGAGCACGAGCCUGAGCCGCAGCCGAAGAAGCAACCCAAGUUAGAUCUCUUCGACGACGAUGAGGAGGAUGGCGAGGAGGAUGAUGAGCAGGUCAUUAUUCCCCAGUAUGAGGGCAAGAAGGGAGAACGUUUGGUGGAAAUGCAGAGCAAGCAAAGUUUGGAUCCCCGUUUCCGCAUCACAGCCACCUUUGUGGACGAGGAAGAAGGCGACUAUGAGCAGAAAGAUGCAGGUGCAGAUCUAGAUCAUGCCGCGGACAUGCCACAGGAAAGUGAACGCAACUGGCAAAUGGGCAUUCUGGAGCAGGUAGUCGGACGAAAGCUGACCAACACCAGUGAGAACGAGCGCAAGGCCGCCAAAAACAAGAAAAUGCUCCGCUUCGAUCCGGCCAACGAAGGUCACCAGAAUCUGGUGCGACAAAAGGUGGUCCAGGAGAAGGAGAACAAUUAUACGAUUCCAAAGACAAAGGAUGCGAAGGCCAAAGACAAAGGAACUGUCGAGGCGCCUGUCUCAAAGGAAGCCUUCUACGUGGUCACCGACAGCCUCACGCAAUCCCUCAAUAUGCGGGGCGAAGGCUUCAGCCUGCUGGACAUGUUUGGCAGUGCCCACGACGAGGAGGUGGCCAAGCGCCAGGACCAGCUGGAGAAGCUAGGCAGCGAGAAGAUUCUGGUGAGCAAACCAAAUGCCAACAAACUGGGCCAACUGGCCACCCAAAAUCCCUUCAGCUACGAUUCAUCCGAAAGUGAGGAUGAGGCAGCGCCGGCAGCUGAUCCAGAUCCUGAUCCAGCGAAUGAGGAGGAGCCAGCCAAGAAGAAACCCAAACAAAAGAAAUCCAAAAUUCAAAUGGAAUCCUUCUUCAUACCCAAGAACGAUACCAGGCUGAAAGAAGGUGCCCAGUUCUUUAGGACCACCAAGGCAGAGGUGGAUCAUGCCGACUAUGACAAGGUGAAGAGCCGCCUUAAGCUUCUGAUUGGCAAUAAGAUAGCCAAGACCCGAAAGAACCUGCCCAGCAAGGACAUCAAGCAGCCCAGAAACAAAAAUCCGAAAAUACCCACCAAAUAGAUCCAUCCCCACUGAGUAACAGAUGCUCCGGCAUCUGUCUUGUACCUACUUUAGUUAAUUAGUUAUAGGCAUAAAGUGGUUUUUUUUUUCUCAAAAAAUUGUGUAUUUAUCUAGAUUACAGAAGGAAAAAAAAAAUAUAUAGAGAUAUAGAGAGAGAAUGGUAGUGGUAGUGGGAGAGAGAGAUGAUUAUGUGUAUAAGUUCCUGCACAAAUGCAUUUUGAGCCCCAUUUCAGCUCGCAACUAGAUUAUCAUAGAAAUUUUCGAUUGCUUAUAAAUCAUGGCAAUUCGGCCGAUCCGACCCCGCAGCAGAAGCAGGAGAAGAGCGUUGCAGUUGCAGAACUUUUUCUCCUCCUCUGAUUUGAACUUAGACUAAAAUAAACGUU